CAUAGCCACGACACCGCUGGCUGCCCACCCAUGAAGACGCUCCCGAUGAUUCCGUCCAUCCGUGGCCUCCUCACCGGAGAUCGCCGCGGCCGCCACGCUGUUCCCAGGGCCGCGUCCGUUCCCGCGCUUCUCUUCUUCGCCGUCGCCACGUUCUCUGUCUUCUUCCUCAGGUCCUUCCAAUGGUCACCCAUUUUCUCCUUCGGCAGCGCCACCUGCGACCCCACGCGGGGCCAGUGGGUGCGCGACCCCGACGCGCGGCCGUACUACACCAACGCGACGUGCGCGUUCAUCGAGGGCUACCAGAACUGCAUGAAGCACGGCAAGCCGAGCCUGGAGUUCCUGCGGUGGCGGUGGCGGCCCUACGGCUGCGGCGAGCUGGAGCGCUUCGACGCUGCGCGGUUCUUCGGUCUCGUCCGGGGCAGGUCGAUCCUCUUCGUCGGGGACUCGCUGGCCAGCAGCCACGUCCGGUCUCUCGUGUGUGUCCUGUCGCAGGUGGAGAAACCGGCGAGGUCGCGCGCGGGGAGUUUCGACCACUGGCGCUUCCCGGCGCACGAGUUCGCUGUGGUCUUCUUCUGGACGCCGUUCCAGGUCCGGUGGCGCCUGACGCGCGGCCCGCCGUUGGCGGUCGGGCCGGACCGGCAGGGCGAGGUGUUCGCUGGCCCGAGCGACCUCCACCUCGACGAGCCCGACCAGCGGUGGACGUCCGCGGCCAGGGACCAUGACUACGUGGUCGUGUCCGCGUCGCACUGGUUCGCACGCCCCGCCGUGUACUACCGCGGCGGCCGCGCCGUCGGGUGCCACGGCUGCUGCGUUACGGGCAACGUCACCGCGCUCAAGCCGCAGUACGCGCAGCAGGCCGCGUUCCGCACCGUGCUCCGCACGCUCGCGGGAAUGGACGGGUUCAGGGGCACGGCGAUCCUGCGGACGGUGGCGCCGACGCACUACGAGAACGGCGGGUGGUUCGACGGCGGGGAGUGCACGGCCACGCAGCCGACCGACCCCGAGGACCCGGCGGAGGUGGCGGAGCCUGAGGCCGAGUUCUACAGGGCGCAGGUGGAGGAGUUCAAAGCAGCGGAGCAGUUGGCGCGGAGGAACGGCGUGCGGCUGAGGCUGAUGGACGUGACAAAGAUAAUGCUGCGCCGGCCGGACGGGCACCCCGACCGGUACGGCCACGGCCCCGGCGAGCACGACGGCUUCGACAUCGACUGCCUGCACUGGUGCCUGCCGGGACCGAUCGAUUUAUGGAACGAGCUGCUGAUUCAGAUCCUGGCCCGAGGUUAAUUAGACGCACCAAGAUUCAGGGCCCUCGAAUUCGUGCCAUCUCUUCUGAGUAAUCAGUAACUAAAGAGCGAUGCAGACCAAAAUUUUCCGUUGAUUUCCUACAUUUUUUC